UCUUGUGCGCUCUUGUUCUAUUUUGUAUGCACAGAUCUAUCAGUAGUACUGUGAGAAUCUUUAUAACAUUUGAGGUCUUUGCUUGCAUAGCAGCCAGAUAGAAAAACUGAUUUCUCCUCUUGAGGUUGGAAACAGAAUCAACAAGGACUCUCACCUCAUAACUCACAGGUAUAAAUUCUGGAACACAUGUAAAUUCUGUUUAACAUAGUUUCAUUGAUAACAUAUUGGUCUUGCACACUAUGAUACAGGCUUCUCACCACAUGCAUGCUCUUCAGUUAUGCCUUUUUGCUGCCUUUGCUGCUGUUGUUCACAGUGAUUGUGGCCCCCCAUUACGCUUAUCUUUUGCUACUCUAAGGAAUACAGAUGAAAGAGUGAGCUAUCCUGUUGGGACCAGAGUGACUUACCGUUGCAUGCCAGGUUAUGAACCUGUUCCUGGAACACGACCUGUAAUUACAUGCCUUGAAACUUCAGAAUGGUCAGAAAUCAUUCAGUUUUGUCAAGGAAGACACUGUCCUUUCCCAGGUAUAGAAAAUGGCAAAAUAGCAAGUAUGACUGACCUCCGGCUGGGUGAUCAAAUAACCUUUGCCUGCAAUGAGGGAUACAGAUUAAUAGGGCAAAGUAAUGCUCGGUGUAUGCUGAUGGAAGGCAGAGUUGUUUGGAGUGCAGAGCCUCCAUAUUGCCAACGCGUUCCUUGUUUCCCCCCUCCUACAAUUCCCAAUGGUAAGCAUAGUGGUACUGAUAGAGAUGAUUAUGAAUAUGGCUCAGCAGUAACAUACAACUGUGACAGCGGCUUCUCUCUUAUUGGAGACAAGACUAUUGUAUGUGUAAUGGAUAAAAACGACAUGAAUGGAAAAUGGAGUGGAUCUGCACCUAGAUGUGAAGUGAUAGAGUGUAGAGGACCAGAAAUCUCAAAUGGAAGAAUAGUAUCUUCAUAUCAACCUUCGUACACAUAUGGCAAUACAGUGACAUUUGAAUGCUAUCGUGAAUAUAUUUUGCGAGGGGAAAAUGUUAUUAAAUGUGAGGCUAAUAGUACAUGGCAUCCUGCUCCUCCAGUAUGUGCCCUUAAUAGUUGUGGUCCUCCAACUGCAUUAUAUUUUGCUGAACUACUUGAGGCAUAUAAAAAUAAGGCUUUAUAUCCAGUUGACUCAGUUGUGAAAUAUCAGUGCCAACCUGGGUAUACUAAGCAAUCUCAGCAGCCAUCCUCUAUUACGUGUCUUAGAAGCAUGAAGUGGUCAAAUGUUCCUGUGCUCUGUAAAAGGCGAUCAUGUGGAGAUCCAGGAAAACCAAAGAAUGGCAGGUUGACUGAGCCACAAGAUUUUUCUUUUGGCUCCAUUAUACAUUUCAUCUGUGACAAAGGGUACAGGCUAAUUGGUCAGCCUUCCAUACAGUGUGUGAUAUUAGGUCAAAAAGUAGCAUGGAGUGGAGAAAUUCCUAUUUGUCAGUAUGCAAUUUUACAUCCUUCUUCUGCGCCCAGUGUCACCUCUGACUUUAGUAGUCAGGAACCAGCAGUGACAGUUGCCACUAAUAUCAGCAUUCUACCCACACUCCAAACAGAAUUACCCUCAGGGAAGCUGUUCAUGAUACUGCAAGAGAUCAAGGAAACAGUAAACCUAAAAGCAAAGUCAUUGGAAGAACGUCUGGUUGGAUUAGAAAAGAAAAUGGACAAAAUCAUAAAUGAAUUCAAGCCCUGCUGCCAACCUGCCAAAGAAGAAAGGCUGGAGGAAGAAAAUGCGUACUGAUGCUAACUAUAGAUAUAUCAGGGGAAUACUUUCCUGGAGGAAAGCCUCAUACAAUGGAUUUGAGUAGAACUGCUUAGUGUUGCCCUGUAAAUGUGUUUUGGCAGUCGUAAACUGUUGUCAGGAUGCAGAGUGAAGGAGACACUUGUUGCAGGUUCAGCACUACAAAGACGGGCCUGGGCCUGUUUAAGCAGCUAUCCAUUUUGUAAGCCAUGGAUGGAAAUAACUUAUGUAGUGCUAGAUUGCCAUGAAUAAUUGCCACUUCGAUAAAGCCUAUUUUUUUAACAACAACAACAAAAAGAAUAAUACAGAGCCAUGUAGCUUUAGGUUUUACACUUUUAAUCCUCUUGUUUGUUUUAGUAAAUCAUAACGCUGUUUAAAAGAAUAAACAUUUUGUUGUUUGUGGGCAAAGCUGAAGUACUAAUAUACAGAUAGAUAUAGGGAUAUGGGUUUGGUAAAUAACUACAGAAAGAGGUUAUAGAUCUCUUAUUGCUAUUUUAACUGCAAUAAAUUAGCUUUAUUAAAGGCUUACUUUAAUAGUGUAAACUUUAAUAAAUAUCAGCUUUA